AUGGCCUUGGUGGGAAGCCAGCGUUUCUCUGCCAACUCGUUCUCCGGGUUUGGGUCGAGCAGCCGCAGGGCUGCGUCCAUGAGCGUCGGUCGCAGCGUGGCCCAGAGCAGCUCCUCCGGGUUCGGCGGUGGAGCCGGGCUCGGUGCCGGGGGAGGUUUUAGCUAUGGGGGUGCUGGUAGCGCCAGGCUGAGUUAUGGGGCCGUUUCCGGAGGAUCGUCCGGUUACGGAAUGAGCUACGGAGGAGGAAGCGCUGUUGGUGGCGGACUGAGAGUGGGGUUGAGCCAGGCGAGCGCUGUUGGCAGUGGGUUUGGCAUGGGCAGCGGCGCAGGUGUAGGGUUCGGGAUGGCAGGCGGCGCAGGUGCGGGCUAUGAUUUCGGCGGCAUGGGUAUUGAGGCAGGCCCCACCACGUUCGCAGUGAGCGAGAAGAAGCUUUUGCAGUCUCUGAACGACCGCCUGUCGUCCUACCUGGACAAGGUGAGGAUGCUGGAGACCACCAACCGCGAGCUGGAGGAGAAGCUACGAGCCUUCACCGUCAACAAGGUUCAGACCCGCGACUUGCAAGUGUACGAAGAGCAGCUGAAGCCGCUGAGACAGCAGCUGCUGACUCUCAUGCAGGAAAACUCGCGCCUGGCUCUGGAGGUCGACAACGCCAAGCUGGCAGCGGAUGACUUCCGAAUGAAGUUGGAAAGUGAAUACAACAUGCGGCAGUCUGUGGAAGGAGACAUCGCCGGACUGAAGGCGCUGAGGUCGGAGUACGAGUUCAGCAACACAGCGCUGAAUCAGGAGCUCCAGAUGCUGGCUGGGGAGCUCACGGCAAUCAAGAAGAAUCACCACGAGGAAGUGAUCACUCUGCGUGGGGAGAUGGCCGGUACUGUUACUGUGGACGUCCAGGCAGCUAACACCACCAACCUCUCCCAAAUCCUGGAGGAGAUCCGCUCGGAGUACGAAACCGUCGUCCAGAAGAACCGCCAGGAGGUCGAGGGCUGGUAUACGAAGCAGAUGGAGAUUAAACAGGUGGAGCAGAAACAGACCACGGAGACUGCAGUGACCACCAGCUCGGAGAUCGUGGAGGGACGCAAGCAGAGCCUCUCCCUGCAGACUGAACUGGACACCUUAAUCAUGUCUAAAACGUCUGUGGAGGACCGUCUGGUAGAGACGGAGACGCAGUACCAGAUCCAGCUCCAGCGGCUCAACAGCAUGGUGGUGACGCUGGAGAACGAGCUGGCCAAUGUGCGCGAGGGUGCCAUGCAGCAGGCCCAGGAGUACCAGAACCUGCUGAACUUGAAAGUGAAGCUGGAGAUGGAGAUCGCCACCUACAAGCAGCUGCUGGAGGGGGCAGACCUUGGCUUUGGUGUUGCAGGCAAAGCAGCAGGGGGCGGCUACUCCAUGGCCACAAAGUCCAGCUCCAGCAUGUCCUCCAUGUCUUCUGGGGCCUCCAGAAUUGGUGGGGCAGCAAUGUCAUCUGACACCACCAGUCAAUGGUAG